AGCAUCUGGGAGGAGAGAGGAGUGCUGAACAAAAGACACUGUUUUGCUAGUUCCCGAGCAAUGAUAUCUUUGAAGACAGUGUGCUGCUCUUCAGCUACAGCUUCACUGGAAUAGAAUGCAAGGAGAUUUAAAGAUCAUCAAAUAUUCCAAAUCUCAGAAAAAUGGCUUUCACUUGGUUGGAUAUCAGAUGCCUGCAUAUGUUUCUUCUUUGCAAAGCAUUUGGCUAUACAUUGUCUUCAAACACGGAAAUAAAAGUUAAUCCUCCUCAGGACUUUGAGAUAGUGGAUCCCGGGUAUUUAGGUUAUCUCUAUUUUCAAUGGCAACCUCCCCUGGCUGUGGAUAAUCUUAAGGAAUGUACAAUAGAAUAUGAAUUAAAAUACCGAAAUGUUGAUGAUGAAAGAUGGAAGACCAUCGUGACUAAGAAUCUGCAUUACCAAGAUGGGUUUGAUCUGAACAAGGGUGUUGAAGCAAAAAUACACACAGUUUUAUCAACGCAUUGUACGAAUGGAUCAGAAGUUUACAGUUCAUGGUCAGAAGCUACGUAUUGGAAAUCAGAAGAAGGAAGUCUGGAAACUAGAAUUCAGGAUAUGGAGUGCAUAUAUUACAACUGGCAGUUCUUACUGUGUUCUUGGAAACCUGGCAUUGUUGUACACUCUGAUACUAACUACAACCUGUUCUACUGGUAUGAGGGCUUGGACAACGUAUUACAGUGUGCUGAUUACAUCAAGGAGAAUGGAAAAAAUAUUGCAUGCAAGUUUCCAAACUUGGAGUCAUCCGACUAUAAGGAUUUCUUUAUCUGCGUCAAUGGAUCCUCAGAAUCCAAUCCUAUCAGAUCCAGCUAUUUCAUUUUCGAGCUUCAGAAUAUAGUUAAACCUCUGCCUCCAGAGUCUCUUAGUCUGACUGUGAAAAAUUCAUUUGAAAUUAAUCUGAAAUGGAGCGUACCUAAAGGACCCAUUCCAGCAAGGUGUUUUAUUUAUGAAAUUUUGCUCACGGAAGCUGAUGAUUCCUGGAUGACUAACACAAUUGAAAAUGAAUUGCACAUCACAAGAAUGUUAAGUGAAAGCCAAGAACUAUGCUUUUCAGUAAGAAGCAAAGUGAACUUUUACUGCUCAGAUGAUGGGAUUUGGAGUGAAUGGAGUGAGGCACAAUGCUGGGAAGGCGAUGGACUGAAGGAAACUUGGCCAUUUUUCGUGAUACCAUUUGGUCUUAUCUCAUCAUUUCUGUUGUUACUAACUUGUCUGCUUUUGCAUAAACAAAAAGCUUUGCUGAAAUCAAUUUUCCAUAUGAAGAAAGAAGUUUUUUCUCAACAAGAGACAUUCUUUUGACUUACCAAUUUUUAUCUACAAGGCCAAAUGUUAGAUAGCAGUCUUGUGAAACUGAAAUUCUUCUUCAAAUGUUGAAUACGUCUCGCUGGAAAGCAUGGUUAUAUUAUACUUAAAUAGGCCAUAGAAUAUGCACACCCUGAAGUAGCAGUACAUUUAUUGGAUUCUACUAGUAUGUUUCUUCUUCAUAAAUUGUGGUGAGAGUGCUGCACGUAGACUCAAGGGAUGAGCCAGUUUGUUCAAAUGAUGCAAUAAUAAAACAAUGUGAUUUUGCAAUCUUCACUAAGUCAUAGAUACAUUGCCAAAUCUUGGAAAAUGAGGUUUAGUAUUUUUCUUUUGUCACUGUUUUCAUUUGUUUUAAGUUUCACUCUGACUGAAAGUGUUCACCAUAAGAUCCGCAUUAAAAGUACCUGAGGAGUGACUAAGAAGGAAACAGUAAGUUUUAAAUGUGCUCAUAGGCCCCAGUGUGUGUGUCACAUUUCAUGAAAGAAAAAUAAAGAAGGGGGAAAUGUA